GCCUCUCUCCAUAGAACUCUAAAACAGUGUACGAAGUAGAAAAUGAAGGCGAGCAGGCAGAAAUGAAGCGUAUACGUCUUACAUCAAAACACCGGUAAUUUGUGUUGAGGCCGAGUGUGAAGCGGAGUUUAUUUCAUUUGGCUGGGACUGAGCUUGCAGUUCUUGAUGAGCAUGUCUCUCGCACAGAGAGUGCUCCUCACCUGGAUCUUCAGCCUCGUCUUCCUCAUCAUGCUGGUCCUCAAGUUGGAUGAUAAAAUUCAUUGGAACUGGUUCCUGGUCUUUCUUCCCAUCUGGACCUUCGACACCAUUCUCCUGCUCAUGCUCAUUGUGAAAAUGGCCGGCCGCUGUAAGCCAGGGUUCGACCCACGCAACGCAGCUGACAACCUGAAGAAGCGAGUUUGGUACCUGGUAGCCAUUUUGUUAAAGCUGGCCUUUAGUCUGUUGCUGUGUGCAAGGCUGGAGCGUCUGACUGAUAUCUGGCUGAGUUUCAUUUGUAUUCCUCUGUGGGCUCUUCUUAUCGGAGCCAUGGUGGAGCUCGGCUACAAUGUCUUCCACUUCUGAAGAGGCUGAGCGGGAAGACACUGAUUGACUUGGGAGAAAGUUGUAAAUAUGUUUUGUGCAUUAAUUUACAAGUGUCCAUGUGGAUUUGAAUAGCAACACAUUUAAGAAUCUGCUGCCUAAAAGCGGGAAUGUCUGUACAUAAAGAGUAAUUGAGAGUGGAUGCAUUGAUGAUUGCUGAUGGUUUAUGUUGUGGGUAUCAGGUAGCAGGUACUACAUUCGCCUACAUUUUGUUUGUUUGUUUGUUUUUUUUAUUUUGUGUCUCCUUGAAUUACACUAAUUUCUUUUAUGCCAAAUGCAGGCAAACUCCCAGAACCUAUUGUAGUUUCUGGGGUGUGUUAAUUUUGCACUGGAUUUAUUAGUUAACGAUGCUAUCAAAUAAGGAAACUUUAUAGCUACCAUUAGCAAUGUUCACGAUAUGAUUAAAAUAUCACACAAUCCCCUAAAAUGUCAAUGUUUUUCACAGCAGCAGGUUUUAUACACAAAACUUUUCAAUCAAAAUGGAAUUGUAGUAUUUUAUCAUCUGAAAGAUUAAAUUCUACCUUCCGAUAUGCGGAACGAAAGACUAUAAACCUGCCUUUUUACAUAAGUUACUAUUAGGGCUACAUGAAAAAACAAGCAGUCUUUAAAAAUAGAAUGUCCUGAAUGAAUAUAUCUGAGAUAACAGGAAAAAUUGUUUGUUUUAUUUUUGGCUGUUCCCUGAAAGUGUGUGGAGAUUUAUCCAUGCACACAUCUUGUUUUACUGAGUAUUAUAUUUUUACACUUGUUUACUUUAAAUCCUCACAUCCACACUGCUAAAAAGUGUUCAACUGAUGUUCUUCGUCAACAAUAUAAAAUGUUCACACCUUAGCAGAAGCAUAUUGCUUGUUAUUUUAGUGCACAUCUUAUGUAAAGCACCACCAUUAUCUGAGUUAUCAUUAAUGAAAUUGAUUUAAUAAUGAACAGCAAAUUAUAAUUUUCCCCGCACUAUACUGUAGAUAGAAGAAAUAUUGUGGAACAUUGAAAGGAAAAUUAUUUUCUGUUACUUGUUUAAUUGCAGCUAUUAAGCAGUCAUUCCCUCAGCCUCGCUUUUUAUCCUGCGAAAAACACAAUAAGCAUAUUUGUCAUAUUCCUAAGAUGUUCUCUGUACUACUUCUAUGUUACAAACUCUGACGUUGGUGACUCUCAAAAUGUUGAUAAUUACAUGUUGAAUAAACAUUAAAUAAUUUA